GGGCAGCCUGCUGAGGGAGAGAAAUUAAAGUAAGUUUCAGAGUCCGAGUUCUCUUUCCUGGGACCGGAGUCUGUGGGUCUGCGGCAGCCGUAAACAACCAGGUGUGAAGAUGAAGAUUGCAGUGAUUGGUCAGAGCCUGUUUGGCCAGGAGGUGUACAAGGAGUUGAGAAAGGACGGUCACACAGUUGUAGGAGUGUUCACAAUACCGGACAAGGAUGGAAAGGCGGACCCACUGGCCACAGAAGCGGAGAAAGACGGAGUGCCUGUCUUCAAGUUCCCGCGCUGGCGGGUGAAGGGCCAGGCCAUCCCGGAGGUGGUGGCUCAGUACCAGAGCACGGGCGCAGAGCUCAACGUCCUGCCCUUCUGCUCCCAGUUCAUCCCCAUGGAGGUCAUCAACCACCCCAGCCACGGCUCCAUCAUCUACCACCCAUCCCUGCUCCCCCGCCACAGAGGGGCCUCCGCCAUCAACUGGACGCUUAUUCACGGUGAUAAAAAGGGCGGUUUCACUGUUUUCUGGGCUGAUGAUGGAUUGGACACGGGACCCAUCCUGCUGCAGAGGGAGUGUGAUGUGGAACCCAACGACACCGUCAACACAAUCUACAAGAGGUUUCUGUUUCCAGAGGGAGUCAAAGGAACAGUGGAAGCUGUGAGGCUGAUUGCAGAGGGGAAGGCCCCAAGAAUCACACAGCCACUGGAGGGUGCCACGUACGAGUGCAUUCAAAAGAAAGACAAUUCUAAGAUCGACUGGAACCAGUCUGCUGAGGCCAUCCACAACUGGAUUCGAGGAAACGACAAAGUGCCCGGGGCCUGGGCAGAGGUGGACGGACAGAAAGUGACUUUCUACGGCUCAUCCCUGGUGGACAGUCCCGCAGCAGCUGCUGGUCAGCCCCUGGACAUCCCUGGAGCCAGUCGACCGGGCAUCGUCACCAAGGCUGGUCUGGUGCUGUUUGGCAACGACGAAAAGGCGCUGCUGGUGAAAAAUCUGCAGUUUGAAGAUGGGAAGAUGAUCUCUGCAGCACAGUACUUCCACUCUGGUGGCAGUGCUGCUGUGGAGCUGACGGAGGAGGAAAAGAACUUUGCUGUGCAAAUGAAGGCAGUGUGGAAGAGCAUCCUGACCAAUGUUGACCAGGUUGAAGAUUCAACAGAUUUCUUUAAAUCUGGUGCUGCUUCAAUGGACGUGGUCAGGCUUGUGGAAGAGGUGAAGCUUCGGGCCAGCACCUGCCAGCUGCAAAACGAGGACGUCUACAUGAACACCACCUUUCAGGAUUUCAUCCAGAUGUGUGUGCGGAGGCUCAGAGGGGAGAGUGAUGAGGAGGAGCUCGUCGUUGAUUACGUGGAGAAGAACAUCAACAACAUGACCGUGAAGAUGCCUCAUCAGCUUUUUAUCAAUGGAGAGUUUGUUGAUGCAGCCGGAGGAAAGACCUACAAGACCAUCAACCCUGCCGAUGGCACGGCCAUAUGCGAGGUGUCCCUGGCACAGAUAAGUGAUGUGGACACAGCUGUGGCCGCUGCCAAGGAGGCCUUUGAAGAGGGGGAGUGGGGCAAGAUGAACCCAAGAGACAGAGGCAGACUCAUCUACAAGCUGGCUGACCUGAUGGAGCAGCACCAGGAGGAGCUGGCCACCAUUGAAUCCAUCGACUCGGGAGCUGUUUACACUCUAGCCCUCAAGACUCACGUGGGAAUGUCCAUUCAGACGUUCCGCUACUUUGCUGGAUGGUGUGACAAGAUUCAAGGCAGCACCAUUCCCAUCAACCAGGCCAGGCCCAAUCGCAACUUGACUUUCACCAAGAAGGAACCAAUAGGAGUGUGUGCCAUUGUGAUUCCCUGGAACUAUCCCCUGAUGAUGCUGGCCUGGAAGACGGCUGCCUGCCUGGCAGCUGGAAACACGGUGGUGCUGAAACCCGCACAGGUCACACCGCUUACAGCCCUUAAGUUCGCUGAACUGGCAGCUAGAGCCGGACUGCCCAAAGGGGUGAUCAACAUUCUACCUGGCUCAGGUGCACUUGUAGGCCAGCGUCUUUCAGACCAUCCAGAUGUGCGUAAAUUGGGCUUCACGGGUUCCACUGAAAUCGGCAAACACAUCAUGAAAAGCUGUGCAGUCAGUAACGUUAAAAAAGUCUCUCUGGAGCUGGGAGGGAAAUCCCCACUCAUCAUCUUCGGUGACUGUGACAUGGACAAGGCUGUGCGCAUGGGCAUGAGCUCGGUAUUCUUCAACAAAGGAGAAAACUGCAUCGCUGCUGGCCGCCUGUUUGUGGAGGACGUUAUUCACGACCAGUUUGUGAAAAGAGUGAUUGAGGAAGUGAAGAAGAUGAAGAUAGGGGAUCCACUGGACCGCUCCACAGACCACGGCCCUCAAAACCACAAAGCUCACCUUGACAAAUUGGUGGAGUAUUGUCAGACCGGUGUUACAGAAGGAGCCAAGCUAAUCUGCGGUGGUAAGCAGGUACAGCGAGCAGGUUUCUUUUUUGAACCCACAGUGUUUACAGAAGUCCAAGACCACAUGUACAUUGCUAAAGAGGAGUCCUUUGGCCCCAUUAUGAUCAUUUCCAAGUUCAAAAAUGGAGAGGUGGAUGAGGUCUUGAGGAGAGCCAAUGCCACAGAGUAUGGCCUGGCAUCAGGCGUUUUCACGCGAGACAUCAGCAAAGCUCUUUAUGUGAGCGAGCGGCUCAACGCUGGCACGGUGUUUGUGAACACCUACAACAAGACAGAUGUGGCCUCACCUUUCGGUGGCUUCAAACAGUCUGGAUUUGGCAAAGACCUGGGACAAGAGGCCCUCAAUGAAUACCUGAAGACAAAGGCGUUCACUGGAAAACAAUUUCACUGGAAAAAGAAGGCUUUCGUGGAGCAACACAGGGCCCGUGACUCGGCGACAACAUGGGACGGCGGCAGUCACAGAGGACGUCACCUCAGCCCCAGCAGCCGUUUGAGAGUCAGGAAAAUACCGAGAAGAGACCACAAAGAAGAAAGCACAGGUCUAAUGUCCCUUUGACCAAAUGCAAAUCUCCUCAACAUAGGUGAGAUGGCAAUAUACACACAUUUUGUCCUUUUGUAUUUCCUUUCCUCUUGGUGUAUUAACACUUUCCAUGCAGUGCUCAGGAAACUUCUGUGUCAAAUCCAGAUCCUCCUGCAGGAGGAAGGAUGGAGCCAAAGGGGCAGUUAGCUGCUCGGCGUAAACAUAGAGACCGCAAGCCCACCACUAUGAGGAGGAGUAAACAUAAAACAGCUUCUUCAUCCCCCCCCCUGUUGGAUUCCAGCUCUGUCCUGAGAGAGACACACCCCUUAAAGGAGGAGGAGGAAGUGCUGAGCGGUCAUGGACAAGCCGACGACAGUGAUACUGACCUGUCUGAGAGUGAGAGACUUCCUGUGUCCUCUUCAUCUUCAUCUUUCAGGCGAGUGCCUCCACAGCUUGAGCUGAGGCCAGAGGUCAUCAAUGAGGAAGACUGCUUCCCCCAGAGCUCCAGGAUCAGAGGACAGAGCCAUGCCGAGUCUCAGUUCCCAGACUUCCUCCCCCCGCCCUUUAACUCCUGGAGCCUCGGCCAGCUCGCUGUUUUCUACAACAUGGAGGGCAGGGCCGCCCCCCGGGCCCGGCCCGUGGGCCCCCUGGAGAGGUACCUGGAGAAGCUGCUGCACCUGGAAUGGCGUCAGAUCCAGACCGUCCAGGAGGAGAGCGGGAGGUCGGAGAUAACGUCCAGCUGCCAGCGGUCAGCUGCGGCGGCCUCGGCCCGCCUCAGCACGCCCAAGUGCAUCCUCCAGUGCCAGCGCGCCUUCCCCCUCACCCUCCUCUCCUCCCUGGCCAGCCGCCACUCCACCUGCAGCGCAGCGUCCUGCCACUCCCAUCACGCGUCCACUCACCAGUCCAGACUCAGCCCAAUGCUGGAGCGCGGCAGAGGGCCGGCGCCGCUCCCCAAAAGAAGCUACAGCGAGAGCCGGGUACCCUCCUCUGACCACAACUCCCAAUUCAGCACCUCUGUGGGGACUAACAGUUACCUCAGGAGAAUGCAAGCUUCUGGAAACAUCCGCAAACCCCUCCACGGUGCUACGGCCCGGCCACACACCAUCGGCUGGGACUCUGUGGACUAUGCCAGAACGGAGCAGGUGGUGAGCAGCAGACUGGUGGCGUCUCGGAGGAGGAGCGGCUCAGAGCAAAGGAGAGUGGGAGCAGAACGACAGCAGAACGGAUCGGAGAAAAGGAGGAGUGACUCCGAGUGUAGGAAAGGUAGGGCUCAGCAGCGAAGGGUGACCACAUUUCAGGAGCAGAGAGCAAAACAGGACGCUGCCACUACAGCUCUAGAUGAUUUACCUGGGUCCAAAACAUCUAGUGUUCAAAGACCAAGCAGGGCAAAACAGGUUGAAUUUGUUACAUAACAGCUUUAGUUUAAUGAACGUUUACAGUAAUACACUUCUAUGUUUAAUGUUAGGUUUAGUUUAGUUUUUACAUCUACUCUCACCACCUUUAUGAUUUAGUCGUGAAUGCAUGUUUUGAUAAGCAAUUAUUACGUAUUCUUUCUGACUGAAUUUAGUUUAAUUUGCCUGUUUUUUUUUUACCUGCGUCUUAAAAAUGGUCUACAUGUUUGUUUAGCUACUGAAGGUAUAGCUAAUAUGAAUGAUUUUUAACUUAAUGUUGUGAAUUGCAGUUAAAUAAGCUAACAUCGAACUGAAUGUUUACAUGGUUGAUCACUUACAAAGGAUGUUAUUAAACCUAUGGCCUUUGUCAGUACAAUACAUCAUGUGUACAUUUGUUUUUUAUCUGGUGGUUCGAGGUGCUGCCUCACAACAAGAGGGCUCCCAGUUUUAUUCAGCAGGGGCCCGAUGACAGAUUUGAUAGUCUCCAGUCCCCCUUGAGACCCUCCUAGGUAAAAGUGGUAUAGACAAUGAAUGGAUGAAUGUUAUUUACAACAUUGACUAUGCAAUUGAAUUACACCAAACAAUUAAAAGUGAGAAUUGCUAUUCAUCAAAAA